UGAUCAUUGCCGCCCGCAGCCUAUUGCGCGCAACACACUAUACUUGCUGAUUGACAGCAGUGUGCGCGCUUCCUUGUUUUAUCCGCAAGAACAGAGGAUCCCUAGUACUCCGUUCUCAGAACAAGCUCAAGCUGUCAUUCAUCCACGCUGCCAGGACGGGUCCAGUCAUUCACUGGUGGAAGGGCACUUGAACGGGUAAGCGGAGGUCACCGGGAACAACGCAGCCGGCCACUGGAGAGUAUCCACACAGAAGCUUGCUGUGUUCGCACCGAUAUUAAAACGCAGGCGUAUCGCUGCGGAUUGCACGGAGUGACCACCAUGGCCAAAGCCUAUGAGUUCAGCUGGCAGAGACGCAUCCCAGAGUUCAUGCAGGAGGGGGCUUCUUUUGACAGAUUUGAAGAGGAUCCCUUUGUCUUUGAGCCAAACUGUUUUGUGAGAGUGGACGAGUUUGGCUUCUUUCUGUCAUGGAAAAGUGAAGGAAAGGAAGGCCAAGUUUUAGAGAGCUCCCUUAUCAACUCCAUACGCAGUGCGGUCCUACCCAAGGACCCAAAGCUCCUGUCAUGCCUGGAGUCAUUGGGACAAGCAGAGAGUGACCUGGAGAACAGAAUCAUCUGCAUAUGCAGCGGAACUGAUCUGGUCAACUUGAGCUUCAUGUACCUGCUGGCGGACAGCAGCCAAAAUGCCAAGCAAUGGAUCGAGGGCCUGAAGUCCUUGAUUCACAACUUCAGGGCAAACAAUGUGUGUCCAAUGACCUGCCUGAAUAAACAUUGGAUCAAGCUGUCAUUUUUGACUAAUGUGAACGGAAAGAUUCCUGUCAGAAGCAUAACCAGGACAUUUGCCUCUGGAAAAACAGAAAAGGGGAUCUUCCAGGCACUCAAGGACCUGGGCCUGCCAAGUGGAAAGAACGAUGAAAUCGAACACGCCGCCUUCACCUUUGACAAGUUUUACGCCCUCACCCAGAAGAUCUGCCCGCGGACCGACAUCGAGGAGCUGUUCAGGAAACUAAAUGGAGACAAAAGUGAUUAUUUACACAUAGACCAGUUAGUCAGCUUUCUGAACGACAACCAACGGGACCCUCGUUUGAAUGAGAUCCUGUUUCCAUUUUAUGACCCUAAACGAGCUAUGCGGAUCGUAGAGACGUACGAGCUGGACCCAGAACUCAGGAGCAAAGGUGUGAUGUCUUGUGACGGGUUCUGCCGGUACCUUAUGUCGGACGAGAACGCUCCAGUGUUCCUGGACCGUCUGGAGCUGUACCAGGAUAUGGACCAGCCAUUGGCUCACUACUUCAUCAGCUCCUCCCACAAUACGUAUCUGAACGGCCGGCAGUUUGGGGGAAAGUCCUCUGUGGAGAUGUACCGGCAAGUGCUCCUGGCAGGUUGCAGGUGUGUGGAGCUGGACUGCUGGGAUGGAAAAGGAGAGGACCAGGAGCCCAUUAUUACCCACGGGAAAGCCAUGUGCACUGACAUCCUCUUCAAGGUGAAAAUACACCAGCAAGCACUCACACAGACUGACGUCCUCUUCAAGGAAGUAAUUCAAGCCAUUAAAGAAACGGCUUUUGUGUCAUCUGAGUACCCUGUGAUUCUGUCAUUCGAAAACCACUGCACGAAGCCACAGCAGUAUAAGAUGGGGCGUUACUGUGAGGAGAUCUUUGGUGAUCUGCUUCUCAAACAGCCUCUGGAGGCAUACCCGCUAGAAGCGGGCCAGCCUUUGCCCUCCCCAGCAGACCUCAAAAGGAAAAUCCUCAUCAAGAACAAACGAUUAAAACCUGAAGUUGAACAGAGACAGCUGGAGCACUUUAAAAAGCACAUGGAGGGAGGAGGGACAAACUCACCCUCAAACAUCCUGGAAGAUGACAAUGACGAGGAGAGUGAAAAUGCUGCCAUUUCUUCAGUCGAGGUUCAAGAAGAGGCCCACCCAGAGUUGAAGUUCAGUGGCGAUGUGAGCCUGAAACACUCGCAAAGCACAGGGAAAAAGGAUUCUGAAGAUGAAGUAUCAGAUGCAGCAGACAUGACAGAUGUAUCUGAGGCCUCUGACUUUGACAACAGCAAGAAGGAUGAUGGCGCUGAAGACGAAGAGCAGGCUUUGAUCGCUUCCUACAAGUAUGUUGGGGCCACUACCAGUAUCCACCCUUACCUGUCGGCCAUGGUUAACUACGCCCAGCCUAUCAAGUUCCAAGGCUUCAGCGUAGCUGAAGAAAGAAAUAUCUACCAUAACAUGUCCUCCUUCAAUGAAUCGGUUGGCCUGGGGUACUUGAAGACAAAUGCCAUUGAAUUUGUAAACUACAACAAAAGGCAGAUGAGCCGUAUCUAUCCUAAAGGGGGCAGAGUGGACUCCAGUAAUUACAUGCCUCAGAUCUUCUGGAAUGCCGGGUGCCAGAUGGUCUCCCUCAACUUCCAGACCCCAGAUUUAGCCUUGCAGCUGAACCAGGGAAAGUUUGAAUAUAAUGGCUCUUGUGGGUACCUGCUGAAGCCUGACUUCAUGCGUCGCCCAGACAGAAUGUUUGACCCUUUCUCUGAAACUCCUGUAGAUGGCGUCAUCGCUGCUACAUGCAGCGUUCAAGUGUUCUCAGGACAGUUCCUAUCAGAUAAGAAGAUCGGCACAUACGUGGAGGUGGACAUGUACGGGUUGCCCACGGACACCAUCCGCAAGGAGUUCCGCACCAGGAUGGUGAUGAACAAUGGGCUGAACCCUGUUUACAACGAGGAGCCCUUUGUCUUCAGAAAGGUGAUCCUUCCGGACCUGGCCGUGCUGAGGAUCGCCGUGUUCGACGACAGCAACAAGCUGAUUGGCCAACGGAUCCUGCCCCUGGACGGCUUGCAGACGGGGUACAGGCACAUCUCCCUGAGGAACGAGGGGAACAAGCCGCUGUCCCUGCCCACCAUCUUCUGCAACAUCGUCCUCAAAACAUACGUGCCCGAUGGCUUCGGGGCCAUUGUCGAUGCGCUCUCCGACCCCAAGAAAUUCCUCUCUAUCACGGAGAAGAGAGCUGACCAGAUGAGGGCCAUGGGUAUCGAGACUAGCGACAUCGCGGACGUGCCCAGUGACAGCUCGCAGGGCGGCCGGGGAAACACGAAAAAGGCCAGGAUCACGCCGCAGUCCAGCUUGGACCUGCAGCCGAGCGCCGCUUCGGGGCUGGGCGCCAGCAACGAGGCCAGGGCGGGUCCGGCUGCACCCCCGGGCAGCGUCAAUGUGGAUGACCUGAAACAGAUGAAGACUUAUCUUAAACUCCUAAAGAAACAACAGAAAGAACUGCAUGCCUUAAAGAGAAAUCAUGCAAAGGAGCAGAGCAUCCUUCAGAAAUCUCAGUGCACUCAGGUAGACAAGAUAAUGGCCCAACACGACAAAGAAAAACUGUCCCUGGAAAAGCUGCUGGACAAAUCUAUUAAGAAAAAGGGAGAAAACAACUGCCUUGACCUGAAAAAGGAAACUGAAGUUAAAAGCAAGGCGGUCACUGAUGAUCACAAAACAAAGGUGAAGCAGUUGGUGGGGAUCCACACUCAGGAAUGGUCUGAGAUGUUGAGAUGUCAGAGUGCUGAGGAACAGGAGUUGAGGGAGCAGCAUGUCCUGCAGCAGUGUAACGUCCUCAAGGCCCUUCUGACCAGCCUUCAGGAGCAGCAGUCACAGCAGCUCAAACUCACCCAUGACCGACAGAACAAGGAGAUGCGAGCCAACCAGGCUAAGACAUCCAUGGAGAACAGCAAAGCCAUCAGCCAGGACAAGACCAUCAGAAACAAGGCGGAGAGAGAGAGGAGAGUCCGGGAAUUAAAUAGCAGUAACACUAAAAAGUUCAUCGAAGAGAGAAAAAGGCUGGCCAUGAAGCAGUCGAAGGAGAAGGAGCAGCUUAUGAAAGCUCAGCAGGAGCAGCUGGAGAAGCUCGAGAAGGCCAAUGAGCAGCUUUUGAAAUCGCAACAUUCAAACUCUCCGUGUCGAGGUAGGGUGUACAGUACCACUUCUCAAACCCCCCAGACUCCCUCUAACCCCAACGCACACAUUCGUUAUACGCACUGUGUCCUCAGUCAUACACACACAAACACACACACACACACAGACCUUAACCUGUCCUAGAGCACCUCAUAGUAGUCUGUCUUGAAAGGGCAGUUCACGGACAAGGUUCCUGAGCGUAGUGUUGUAGGAACACCGAUCAGCUACAUAAGGCCUACCUGCCAGGGAGUGUAACUGAGCAGUGUAUGGAUGCUCAUUCUUCAUCAAUGCCUCCGCAUCUCUCAACAUCUUUAUUGUUGGUGUAAAGAGGGUGAUUUACAAAGCUCUCAUUCACCCUCAUCUGGGGACUGUGUGUGUAUCUGUCUGUUUUUAUGAUGUUCUGGGAUCAAUGUACUAAGAUGACUCGUUACAGGCCAAGGAGAUGCAACGAAUGGUGAAACUGGAAGCAGAGAUGGACCUCAGACCAGCCACGGUGGUGUGAAGGGUUUCUGCAUCUCGUGAAACUGGACUUAUCUACAUACAUACGCACACACACACAUGCGCACACGCGCACACACACACGCGCGGGUGCUCGCACAUAAACAAAUGCACAAGCCACAGUCCCUCUUAGCCACACAUACAGUAAUGAUAUUGGAUAAUCAUAUCUACAGUAUGGGAAUAGGAAGUAUAGGAAUCAGUUCCACUGCAACGAGAUUGAAGUUACUUUUCUUAGCAGAGUAUCUGGGUACUUCAUCCGAAUAGCUUGGUUCUAUGUUAUACAGUACUUUGCACUUUAAACACAGUGGACUGUGCAGACAGGAGAAGAGCAUAGCCAGCAUGUAUGGUUUUUAUUAUUGUUUUUAUCAUAAUUACUUUUAUAUUUGCUCUUGUGCCAUUGAUGCCUUUUCAUCAGCUCACAACAGCGUAUAAAUGUGAGAAGGCUGUAUGAUGUAAAAGUAUCAUUGCAGUCAAACACAAUGGUGAAUUUAUUUUUUGAAAGGUUUGAAAGUUCAGUUUGCUUGAUAAUUGGAAUAUUAGUUGAAUAAUGGUGCUUAUUUUGUUUACUUGUUUUGCCCUUUAGUCAUGGCACAUCUUUGUAUUUGUCUGGUGAUGAUCAGAAAUCCACAGCGGCAAGACUUCUAGGCACCCUCGACUUGCCACUCGUUAUCAAUGUUUACUUCUCCUCACACUGGGAACUCUCUCCUAUAGUACUGUAUGGACUGUAAAUUGUAAAAUAUCAUAAAAUGCGCUGUAAAAGAAUUUAUAUCAGUUUUUAAAUUAAUGAAGGGGAGUGCAUCCUAUAAACCAGUGGAACUAGCAGCAACAUGAGUCAAGACCUAUUCUUAAGAAUGUCUAUGAAGAAGUUAAAGGAAAAAAUGCACAUUACAAAAAUAUUUUUAAAGUAUGAAAUAUUUAUUUUUAUUCAUUCUCAGUUGCUAAUUGUAAUUGCAUUGUAACACCAUAUUUAUCAUAUCUGGAAAUACAUAGUCGAAUGGACUUGUAUUCCUGUAUUCCAGUCCUUUAUAGGAGAUAGACUUACUCUGUAGCAUUAGCAAAGAACGUUCAUUCCCUCUCAGUCAGAAUUAUUGAGGAGGACUGACCUUUAACUUACAUUAAAAACAAAACAAUCACAAGCAGGAAGUUGUAAUUAGCUUGCAGGCUAGAUGUGUUAUAGCCUAAUCAUCUUGAAAUAUUCAUGAAAGUUCUCGAAAUUUUGAUUUUAAUUUUUGAGUUCUGUUUCUGUUUAGUUGCAUUAUCUUUAGAAACAUUUCUCUUUCAAUAAGUUUUGGGUUUUGCACACUUCAUAGAUUGUUAGCUAAUUUGUUAGCUAACGGGCAAGCUAACACUACCCAUUUUUAAGUUCAGCAGCCAUCUAAUGAAAUCCUGUCUGUUUUAUGCUGUGUAAUCAGAGACUGAAAAUCUCUGGGGGCAAAUGGCCUAGCUAGCUAACUAGUAAAGGUAAAGUAACCGAUUGGAAACUGCAGUUACACAAUAUAAUUUGAUAUCCAUUUUUCAAACCAUAUACUGUUAAAUAUUUUCACACAAUUAUUUAUUGCCAAAUUGGCACGCUGUGCUGAGCAUUUAGCUUGGAAGUUAGCUGUUAGCUAUAUGUGUUCUUGAUAUUUAAUCACUUGCUAGAUAGCCUACAGAUGUGAACUGCUAGGGGGUCUGUUGAGGGUCUGGAACAAUGCUUGCUACCUGUGUAAAAAAAAUUGCAUCUUCGGUUCAUAACAUGUAACAAUGUAUUCAUUAUAAACUACACACUUUCAAAAUCAUUCUUCUGGAGGCUUUCUGAUUUUGCAUUUUUUGACCAAAGGAAAUGGGUGCGUUUUUCAUGCCUGUGCAUUUUAUCUAUGGUAGUUACCAGCUCACAGAAGUGAAUAAGUCGGGUGUAUGCUUCAGCAGCAGUGAGGUGCGGUUAAAAAGGAGGGGAAAGUAGUAGCUCAUUCAGUAGCAUAUUUUUUUUUUAUUGUUGGGAAAAUAGCAUAUCUGGAUCUUUUUUAAAAUUUUGAAAAUGCAUGAAUGCUGCACCCACCAUGUUUGCUCAUGGAAAUUUUUUUACACAGUUUAUAUAAGGGUACAGCACCUCAUCUAUGGUAUGCAAAUUUAUGUCCAUGUUUUAAUGUGAAUUUUGCGACUCUUAAUAGCCCCAGUUUUGUCUGCAUGGCAAUAUGUAUAUGAAUGAUGUUCAUAUAUUGUAUAGCAUUUGACAUAUAUUUGUAAAUAUAUGUGUGAGGUAAAUAAAUCACAGCCAUGCAUUUCUUAGCAAAUACAACUCUUCCAUCCGUAAUGUUUAUGUAUGUAUAAAAUGUGGGUCUUUACAUGCCAUUUGUAUUGAUUCUUCUGCGUGAUUUCAUAUAAACAUUUAUGUUCUGUGUUUUCAUUUGUAUGACAUUUUGAUGCUUUUUAACACUUCUGAUUCUCAAAAAAAAGCACCAUUGUGAUGGUCUUUAUUUACUGUAUGUUAGCCUAUUUGCUUAAUUUGUUGUAAUUGUUAUGCUGUUACCUAAGUACUUUAAUACAGUUUUAUACAUAGACAAUUUAUGUACAUAGACAAUAAAAUAUUAAAGGUAACUAGUA